AUGUCUACUUUACCAGAAACUCAAAAAGUUGUUCUCCACAAGGAAAACGGAGAUUUUGAUGUAAUUGAGUAUACAGACUAUCCAACACCAAAGAUUGAAGGAUCUCACGAUAUUAUUGUCAAGAAUGCAUACGCUGGUGUUAAUUUCAUUGAAGCUUACUUCAGAAAAGGUAUCUAUAAAGCUGGUUUACCAUAUGUUUUUGGAAGAGAAGCAAGUGGUGAAGUUGUUGCUGUUGGUGAUGAUGUCAAGAACUUGAAAGUUGGUGAUAAGAUCGCUUAUUUAUCACCAAAUACUUUCGCUCAAUAUACUAAAAUUACUGACGACAACUAUAAGUAUAUUAAAUUACCAGAUAGUUCCACUGAUGAAGAUUUAAAGAAGUAUGGGUCCAUAUUUUUACAAGGUUUAACUGCUUUGACAUUUGUUAAUGAGGCAUACAAGGUUGAAAAGGGAGACUACGUCCUUGUUUGGGCAGCCGCUGGCGGUGUAGGUAAAUUCUUGGUGCAAUUGAUUUCUCAAAUUGGAGCUCAUGUAAUUGCUGUUGCUUCUACCAAUGAGAAAUUAGAAAUCGCAAAGAGUUUGGGAGCUGAGUAUUUAAUAAACUCCAGCACUGAUGAUAUUGUGGCCAAAGUUAAGGAAAUCACCAACAAUGAAGGUGUUGCCGCAUCUUUUGACUCGGUUGGAAAAGACACUUUUGAUAUCUCAUUGACUUCUAUUAAAAGAAAAGGUACAUUCAUUAGUUACGGUAACUCCUCUGGUCCAGUUACUCCAUUCCCAUUAUCUAUUCUUUCUCCAAAAAACAUUAAACUUGCUAGACCACAAUUGAAUGCAUACAUUGGUAAUGCUGAAGAAUGGAAUCAUUACUCAAAAGAAUUAUUGAAGUUGGUUGAAGACGGCAAAAUAAAAUUCGAAAUCUUCAAGACAUACGACUUGAAAGAUUACGUACAAGCUGCUAAGGAUUUAGAAGGAAGAAAAACUACAGGAAAAUUGACUUUAAAAAUUCCACAAUAA